AGAGCGCUGUGCCCUGCCUGUGUGUGGUGUCAGCCAGGCAGAGAGCACCAGUCAGACACAGUUCUGCAGCAGAAAGCAGAGGCAAGACUCCAGUCCAGCUCACAGACAAAUCUGCACCAGGUUUGAAAAAUCACUCGGACCUGCCAAAGUAAAACCUUAACAAGAGCAACUGCCUUUUGAAUCAAAGUCUGUAGGUUUGCAGUAAACAGGCUGGUGAGGGGCAGAGGCAAAGGGCACUGGAUGUCUUGGAUGUUAGCUCAGUUUCCAAGAUGUGGAGAAAGCCAUGAGGAUCAGCACCAGCCCUUUGGAGAACAGACAACUCGGCAGAGGAUGUCCUAUCAAGAUGAAUAUGGCUCAUUCAAGAAUUAACUCUCUACUCAUCUUCUACCUCAGUUUUUUGCUGCUCAUCCAUUUAAGAAAGUCACUUUGCAUGAGGAAUGACUCCGGGUGCCUGUCAAACUCUUGCCAAAAGAACUCAACAUGCAUUCCUGGUCAUAAAGAUGAUGCUUGCCAUUGUGCAGAUGCAUCCAUGGACAGUGUGGAAGAACUCUGCAAUAAAACCUCUGAUCCUUGCUCUUCAAACCCUUGUCUUCAAAAUGCUACCUGUUUAAGCUCUGCUGGAAACCUCAGCUUUACUUGUGAGUGCCCUGCUGGUUAUAAUGGACCUACCUGUGAAACAGCCGUCAGCCUGUGUGACACAAACCCUUGUGAACAUGGAGGCACCUGCCAAAACAGCCUGGCUGGGCCCAUCUGCCUUUGUAGUGCAGGAUACACAGGUGCACUCUGUGAAAUGGAUUUUGAUGAAUGCAUUUCUGAACCGUGCCACAACGGAGCGCUGUGCAAAGAUGGGCUUGGUGAAUACUCCUGCUACUGUGUCCCAGGCUACCAAGGCAAGCACUGUGACCUGGAAGUGAAUGAAUGUGUGUCAGAUCCGUGCCUGAAUGGGGCAACGUGUCUCAAUCAGGUAGGACGGUAUGACUGCCUCUGUCCACUUGGGUACACAGGAAAAAACUGUGAGCUGGAAAUAGAUGAGUGCUCGUCCCAGCCGUGCCUGCACGGCGGGACCUGCCGCGACGCCCUGGGGAGCUUCUCCUGCUCCUGCGCCCCCGGCUUCCUUGGCCGCCUCUGCGAAACCAACCUGGAUGAGUGCGCCAGCCGGCCGUGCCUCCACGGGGGACAGUGCAUGGACGGUGCCAACGGGUACAGCUGCAACUGCACCGGUACUGGAUUUAUGGGCCUGCACUGUGAGACUCUAAUUCCCUUAUGUUGGUCACAACCAUGCUACAAUAAUGGCACUUGUGAGGACAAUGCAGACAAUUACACAUGCCACUGCUGGCCAGGCUACGCGGGCCUCCGCUGCGAGGAGGACAUCGGGGAAUGCCGCAGCAGCCCCUGCCUGCCCGGCGGCGACUGCGUGGAGCGCUCCUGGGCCGGCCGCUACGGCAGCGUCCCGGGGCUGCCGCCCGCCUUCAGCUACCGCACGGCCGAGGGCUACAUCUGCAGCUGCAAGCCAGGCUUCACCGGUACUCACUGUGAUGAAGACAUCGAUGAAUGUUACAUGAACCCUUGCCAAAAUGGUGGAAUCUGUGAGAAUUUUCCUGGGAAUUACACUUGCCAUUGCCCACCUGCAGACAAAGAAGGGAUUUAUUACGGUGGCUGGAACUGUACAGAAGUCCUCCGUGGCUGCACUGGUCAACAAUGUCAAAACAAUGGAAUAUGUAUCCCACAUUUAAAAGAUGGCCAACAUGGAUUCAGCUGCAUAUGUUCACCUGGGUAUACUGGAAUACAUUGUGAAACCGUAACCACGUUUUCCUUUCAAGGAAACAGUUUCCUUUUGUUGAAGAAACCCGUCACCCCUAAAAAGGAAUUUUUCUAUAGUGUAAACCUGAGGUUCCAGACUGUGCAACCUACAGCUUUUCUGUUUUACCGAGGGGAGAAAAACACAUUUGCAAAGCUGGAGUUACUGAAUGGCUACUUACACUUAUCCGUGCAAGUCAAUAACCAGCCACAGGCUCUUUUGCAUAUUCCCCAUAAUGUCAGUGAUGGAGAAUGGCAUUCAGUGGAGGUAACCGUGGCAAGAGCUGUUACUCUUAAUUUGCUUGACAGCUCUUGUGUAGAAUCAUGUCUCAAUAAAAAAUCUGCUGUGAUAGAUAAUGAUCACGUGAUGCUUGCAUUUCAGAGCACAUUUUUGGGUGGCUUACCAGUGGGGAACAUUAGCAGCAACUCUCUUCUUAACAUCUAUAAUAUACAUUCUGCACCUUCAUUUGUAGGCUGUCUUCAGGACAUUGAAAUAGACUUGAAUGUUAUUACUCCAGAGAACACAUCACCUGAGUCAUCCCUAAAUGUCAGGACAGGAUGCACUAAAAAGGACUGGUGUGAAACCCACCCUUGUCAGAACAGGGGACGCUGCAUCAACCUGUGGCUGAGCUACCACUGUGAUUGCUACCGGCCGUACACUGGGCCAGGCUGUGCAACAGAGUACAUUCCAGGCCGGUUUGGAUCUGCAGGCUCCUCAGGCUAUGCUGCUUUUUCUCUUGAUGCCUCUCAGAAUGAACAUUUUAACAUAUCAAUGUUUGUCCGAACACGCAAGUCUUCUGGCUUGUUACUGGCUUUGAGAAACAGUACCCAACUGUACGUAAGAGUCUACUUGGAAGGUGGGAAACUCACACUGUUAGCUCUAAAUUCCAUGAAAUUAUUAGGCAAACACUCCAUGAAUGAUGGAAACUUUUACUUAAUAACAUUAAAAAUAGAACCAAAUAAGAUGGAAUUGUUCCAGUCCUCUCAAUACCUAGGCUUUAUUUCUCCUCCGGUACUAACCAUGCAAAGUAAGGAUAUUCUUUACAUUGGAGGCCUACCAGAUAACAAAGAAACUGACAGAAAUGGCAGGUAUUUCAAAGGCUGCAUCCAAGAUGUAAGAGUGAAUAACCACCCUCUGGAAUUCUUCCCCAUCAUCAAUGCACUGAAUUCUCCUGUCAACCGGACCCUGAUUAAUGUCACCCAAGGAUGUACUGGUGACAAUCUCUGCAAGUCCAACCCUUGCCACAAUGGUGGUGUCUGCUAUUCAAUCUGGGAUGACUUCACGUGCACGUGCCCCCCUAACACAGCGGGGAAAGCAUGCGAGGAAGUGAGGUGGUGUGAGCUUGGUCCCUGUCCUCCUGAAGCACGAUGCCAGCUGGUACACCAAGGAUUUGAAUGUCUUGCUAAUGCAGUGUUUAGUGGCCGAAGCAGUGCGGUAUUUUACAGAAGCAAUGGAAAAAUCAGCAGAGACCUCACCAGUAUCGUAUUUGGCUUUCGAACUAGGGACACUGACGUGAUACUGCUGUAUGCGGAGAAGGAGCCAGAGUUUGUUACCGUCAGUAUUCACAAUUCCAAAUUACUCUUUCAAUUGCAAAGCGGCAACAGCUUUUAUAAGCUGACCCUUGCCAGUUCGCUGUUUGUGAGUGAUGGGAAAUGGCAUCAAGUGAUGGUCUCUAUGGUAGAGCCCCUGUCCCAAUUCUCUAGAUGGCACAUUGAUAUAGAUAACAAGAAAGACACUGCAACUAGCACAACUGCUUCAGGAAGCCUCAACUUUUUAAGAGAAGAGACAGACAUCUACGUGGCUGACAAGGCUUUUGACAGCCUGGAUGGCCUGCGAGGAUGUAUGAGCACCAUAGAAAUCAGUGGCAUUUAUCUCUCUUACUUCGAAAAUGCUGACAUCCCUACUAAAAAACCUCAAGAGGAGCAAUUUCUCAAAAUAUCCGCAAACCCUGUUCGUACUGGCUGUUUGCAGGCAGAUGUUUGCAGCUCUGAUCCCUGCAUGCAUGAGGGGAUAUGUGAAGACUUCUAUACUUCCUACCACUGCGUGUGUCCAAAAGGAUGGACUGGCACCCAUUGUGAAGUGAACGUUGACGAAUGCUCUUCAAAUCCCUGUAUUCAUGGAAACUGCACCGAUGGGAUCUCCUCUUAUGAGUGCAGCUGUGAACCUGGUUACACAGGGGUAAAUUGUGAAGAGGACAUAGACAAUUGCCGUGGCCACCAGUGUGCAAAUGGGGCCACUUGCAUUGAUGAGAUUAAUGGAUAUUCUUGCCUGUGUGCUGGUAACUUCACCGGAAAAUUUUGCAGGUACAGAAGGUUGCCAUACACUGUUUGUGGGAAUGGAGAGAGAAAUCUCACAUGUUUCAACUAUGGCAACUGUACCGAUCUCGGUGGUGAGCUGACAUGUGUGUGCCUGCCAGGAUUUGCUGGAGAACGCCUUUCUUCUAGGUGUGAAAAGGACAUUGAUGAGUGCAGCUCCGACCCGUGUAUGAAUGGGGGUCUCUGCCAGAACCUACUCAACAAGUUCCACUGUCUCUGUGACGUGAACUAUGCUGGAGACCGCUGUGAGAUCGAUGUUUGAAAGAUCGUACUGAACUGAAACAUCUGUGGAAAGCAAGUUGCAACCGCUCUCAGUACCCUGAGAUAAACUAAGGAAAGCAGGCAAAUGGAGAGACUUGAUCAUCAUACUGUAUUGCUCUGUCUGCAAAAGUUAAAGGCUUCUACAUUUUUAUAGUGUCCCCCAUUGGCUCAUAAUCUGGACUGAUGAAAGUUCAUUGUCACAGCUAUCUUUUUAAUAGCUGGGCACAUCUACUGGCCAAAUGAAGAAAUGCCUGCAAGAUGUGCUGCGCUGACUCUAGCAGUGCAGAUCUCUGUGCCGCCAGCCUGCACAGCUUGUGUCACUCUGCUGGCCACAGUCAGCUCGUCCAAAUCUAAUAGCAGGUGUUAAAAUCACACCCUUGUUUCAUAGGAACAUAACUUGUAAUUUUUUCAUCAGUCAUGGAUUCAGUAUAUCAAUAUCAAAACCACAUUCUCUAUGGUUUGUGUGCAUAAGAUAUCAAAAUGCUUUUAAUUUAGAAGAGUGAAUCACAGAUCAGAUUAUACUGCAUAGCUAUUUAAUGUAAAAUCCUAACUGAAUUAUAAACUUGCACAAAAAUGACUCAGCAAAGCAACAACAUUAAAAAGCUAAAUCAUACCUGAUAACAUACUCAUGAUGUGCUAUUGUGUUACAUGUUAUUUAGCCUGCCUGAUCUAUGAAUAAAACAAAUCGUCUUCGUUCCUGAUCACCACAGAAGCCAAGGGUUGUUUUUUGCACCAGCCUGUCUCCACCAGCCACGAGAUGGGGAGUGAGGGGAGCCCACAGGACCUGCCAGAGCCGUGGGUGCAGGGGGGCUGGGAGGCAAGGCAGGAAGGUUGGUGGUGUCAAGACCAGGCUUGGUGCUGGGGGGGAAAAGGUGACUGUCAGGAGCACAGCCUGACCCUCCCGUCAGACCUGAGCACAGGUGUUACAGGAGAUCGGGCACCCUUCUCCCCUCACCUGCAGGAUCCCAAAGACCUCCCUGAUACUUAUAGCAUGUGGUUUAGCAGUACAAAAGUACUUAGUGAUAUCAUAGUUUUUAUUUUUAAUAGCCGAUGUGAUAGGUUCGAACCAUAGCACCCAUCAGUUAUUACUACUGGACCUUCUCCAUGUAGUUCCUACUUAAUAUCUAAAUUUCUUAAUCUACAAAAUGAGAUAAUACACCUACUUUUUAAAAGAACUUGAAGAUCAACAGACCAAAAAAGGUGUUUAUCAAAUAGGCAUGAUCAGUUCAGAUUUUUUAAAAGAAGCAAAAUACCAUUGUAAUUACAAAAGACACCAGCCUUUAACUCCUGUACCGUAUAAACAGUAAUUAAUAAGAAAACACAUUCAACUUUCUCUGUAUUUGAGAAACUGAAAUCAUCAUUCAAUGAAGGAAAAACUUCCAAUAUAAUACAGUAUUAUUGUAUUACUUCAAUCUUUAUAACUGAUAAGCAUGAAAAUGCUAUUCAGAUGAACCCAUCAGACAAGAACCUGCACCAUCCAAUGAAUUUUGAUAUUGUUAAAUUUUAUUUUAUAAUACAGUGUUGGGCACUUUAUGGUAAUAUGGAGUUCACCAAAAACUUCUACUGACGCCACAAACUUGAAAGGAGGAAAAAAAGAAACAAAACAAAAACCCAACAAACAAAACCAACAACAAAACGCACCACACAUCACAGCUCAUUUACUAGAUCUACACAGUGCACUACUUACAGUAGUCUAAGGUCUGAAUUGCAGUUCUCGAGAUUACUUUGAACAGUAGUCCAAGGGUGCAAAACCAUGGAGUAACCUCUUAGAUUUGGUUCUAGUUUUAUUAAAGGUCAGCAACUUGCUAAAUUUUUAAAAUUGUUAGGACAAUGCUGGUUGCCUUUUUUUUUUUUAAGCUCUGAAGUUAUUAAAAUGAUCAAUAAAACCUCAAAACAUGCUGUACUUCAUGUCUUUCCUAUAAUUAUUACAGGCUCACAGCAAGGGCAUUAUCAGGAACAGUUUUCAAAGGUCACUAAAAAAACAUUCUGAAAAAAACCCUAGAAGCAUCCAGGUAUACAGUGUUGCUUUGUUCUGUGUUGAGGCAUUUCUCAUUGUUAUCUGACACAGAUCUAAAAAUGACAAAUAAAAAUUGUCAGCUGGCCAAACAUGAAAGCAUUUUAAAUUUCUCUUCCUCCUGAAAAAGUAACAGACGUGAUGUGCUUGUGUGUAAACUGCACUAAGACUAGUUGUUCCACAGUGCUUUAUUGCCUCAUUCAAGUAUAUCAAUUUAAAGAAGUUCUCUAGGAAAAAUCAAAGGUUAAACCAAAAUGUACAUCAAUAUACAAAGAAAUUAAUUUACAAAAAAUUAAAAGGAUACUGGCAACAUUUGUAUAUAUUUUAAGUAAUGACUUACGAUAAUUAGGGAUGCCACAGACUAAAUUCUUAAUACAUAUGGUCAUCACCAUAAACCCUCACCUCAUUGGUGGUACUGAAAAGCAACGCUUAACUCCUCACCUUUUUAUCAAUGACAACCAAAUGAUCAAAUGAUAAACUAAGCAUCAUAAAUUCUAAUAUUUAACCUUACUUCAAUUUAACCAGGUUAUAGUUUUAAGAAUUCCCUUGAGCCACUGGUAAGUGAAUAUUGGUUUUGGCCUUAUUAUUUCCACAGAAUGUGACAUCCAUAAUCAUUCCCAGUCAUUGGAAAUAUACAUUUGCCUCAUCAGAAUAUAUUCUUCAUGUUUUUAUCAUACAACUAUAUUUAAAAGCUACAUGUAAUUUUACACAUUUUUGAAAAAUACCAUUUCAAGGAUCUGCUUGAAAAGCAGAUGUGCACUACUAAACUACUUUGAAACAAGGAGAAAUAUUGCACAAAAUUCACUGAAUAUCUGAAAGUCAACACAUUUCCCCCCACAACCAAAUAGCUCCCUUAUUUUUGACAGAAACCGAAUGUCAAUUCACACAGAAUCAUAACAAAUGUGAACAGACUAGAACUCAACUUAUUUUUCAAAUUCUAAUACUGUUACUGCACUCUAAAUACAAAUGUUGUUAGUAUUGACCUAAGUAAUAGUACAAGUUAAUUUGAGUACCCUUUACUACAGUAACCCUUGGAGUAACUUCCAGCUGUGUUACCUGCUUCAUACUCCAACCCAGUAGAAAAUGGCAACAGCUCUGUUGACUACAGGGAUGGUGGAUGGCUCUCUAGACUAAGAUGGCUGUGGACUCAUGAGGUAACUCUCUUUAGAAGCUGAGCAGCUUCCAUGAAAGACCUAUCAAGUACUUUCAGUUGGCCACUGACUAAAACUGUAAAACAGACGUUACAAAGCAAAUCAAGGAAGGUUAUGCACAAACCCCCAUACCCUCCUUUUUCCAUUCCUUUAUUUUCAACCACCCUGAAGAUCAUGAGUUCUAGGCCAGCUAUGGUCCAUGACCUUGAGGUGAAGUUGAGGACACGUUCUACUCAGCCCAGAUUCUGUUAAAAGGUAAAAAACAUUUGGCAAAGACAUACACAUCUAAUAGCAGCAAAGAAGUUACUGAAGACAAGUCACAUCAUCAUUCAUACUGUUUUUGCUGGUGCAUUUAUUUCUACAUUCAUUCUCCAAAGAUCUACCAAAAUAGCACAGGACCAGCCAGCCUUCCACAUCCCGCACUUUGCAAUAAGGAAGCUGCUUGCCUCAGGUGUAAUUUUAUUCACCACAUUUGUUUAGCCUGGAAUUUCAGGCUGUUGGGAACACGCUGGCUGGAGUCUCAUAGCACCUGGGCUAGAGCCUGGCACCAGGAGAGAUGGUAACUGCCUUGGAAAUAAAGACCAUCCCCAGCUCUCCCUGGGGGUGGGGAUGUCGGCAACUCUGGGGCUCCUUUCUGCAGGACAGGGCACUGUGGUCAGUAUCACACAGGGGGUGCAUUUGCAAAAGGGCCUCAUGCUGGCAUUUUGAUUAUUGCAUGAAAUGUUUCUGCAGUUAAUUACAUGCAUAGAGAAAAUAUUUUAGAUGCUCCUAGCAAUUCCAUUAGACAGCUGCACCAAUGAAAGAUUGUUCUGUAGGACUGAAUAUGAUUGAUUAUAGGUGGAGAAACAGAAGCUGUUUUAGAAACCUGGCUUAACUGUUCUUUUGCUUAGACUUCACAUUGCUUACAAGAACACGAAAUUGUAAUCUAGUUCAUUCUAAAACCUGAAAAGACAUCUAAACAAAUUUUCAAGAUCUAAAACACUCCUCUAAUAGAUUGGGUGGGAUUUUCAAAAGCACACAGCAUGUGUGUCAGACUCUGGCUGAAGUCUGUGUUACAGUGCCUGAGAGUGGACUUCAGCCAGUGCUGAGUUUCAGACAACCCCACCCAAGCAGCAGCAGUAUCACUGAAAUGCUAAAUGACAAUGAAGGGUUCAGUCAACAAGUCCUAUGACAACUUCUACCACUACAUUUUUCCUUCAGAACAACUCUAUUUUUGGAGCUACAUAAUGCUCAAAGACAUGGGAUGGAAGAGCAAGCAACUGCCUACUCUACAUAGACUGCCCUCUGCAUGCAUAGAGGGUGGGUAGGGAUCACCUUCACAUCUGCAGAAUCAUCCUUCCUUCCCUCAAUGUUUAUUAUUUUCACAUGUUGUAUGUCUAUACGCAUGGAUGGGAAGGCUUUGACAGGGACAACGUAUUAUGCAUUCUGCAGAUCACACAGGGGACUAAUUCCAUAGGCAAUACUAUCUUUGCCUACAUGGCUGGGCUGGAAUCACUACAACUGAGCUAGAACAUUAGACAAUAUCCUGAAAUCUGGAUUUCCUCAAAGUUAUUAUCCCUCCUGAGGACUCCUAGGACUCUGCUUCACCACACCCCACCGGAACAACCCAGGAAUCCCUUUCUUUUACUACUGCCCUUAUUCUUCUCCCAGACCAGAUGAAUGAUACGGCUCAUUUCAGGCAGACAUCUACGCAAAACAAAGUCAAAGAUAUUAAAUUCAAGUCCUAGUUUGACUUUCUACAUAAGAAAUUUGUUCCUCUGUGUAAGUAACAGAUUACAAAGCUUAAUCAAAUAACCUGAUAUCUCCCUUAAACAGGAGACAUGGGAAGAUUUUUGAGAUCCUGAAGUGAUGCCUCUGAAGAAGAGCACAGGAGCCCUGACUGCGCAGAACUCUCUUCUCACCAGCAGCUGGUGAUGAAUGUUGAUGAUUUUGAAAGACAUUAGAAGGAUUUCAAAAAUUAAAAAGCAUCCAAGUAUAAAACUUGUAAAAGUACUGGACCUGGACAAUUUGUCUUAAUAUAGAACCCAAUGUGGUAAUAAAAAUACUGUAUAUGUAGCCAAUAAACAGUUUUAUAUUAUCACAAGGACAGACAACAGUGUUGAAGCAGAAAUAUCAGUUUGGACUCUUAUCUAUUUGGUAACUGAUAAUUCUGUUUAAAUAAGGCACAAAUAUUAGCCUUUUUAAAAGAUCUCUGAGAGUAAAUGGAAAAGAUUCUGCAAUAUUUCAGAGUUUAAAAUGUACCUGCAGUUAAGUUCAACAUAGAUGUAAGACUGAGUUAUUUUUGAACCCAUACGAGGUUCAAAACCAAAAAAGACACACUAUUUAAUGACUGAAAACACACUUCAUCCUUCAUAAAUAUUAAGGAAACGAUGUGGCAUAAGCACAGUAACUAACAUUUUGACUGAAAUAAAAAAAAUUCUAAGUUGAAUUUUACCUUCCAUCAUUUAGUUCAUCUAUUUACUUUAACCUGCAUUUUCACUCAAUGAAACAGUUAAUUAUUACCAGAACCCUCAAUUUUGAAAUAUUCCACUAUCAAACUUUCAAUUUGUGAUCCUUUUAAUAACUAUGAGAAUAUUAGCAGCCUCACACGGCUUCCAUAUUUUUCUCAUAAAGAUGAGAAUGGGACAAUCUCUGUGAUAAUAGGAGUUCAGUGCCUAGUUCUCAUGUAAAGCCAGUAAGAUUUCUUCUAUCAGAGAGGCAUUGUUGAAAACCAUUUUCUGGCAGUAUUCCUGGAAUUAUGAGUUUGAUUGUUUCAAAAGUAAUGAUGGCCAAAAUUACCAAUUUUUUUUCUAUUUUUCUCCUUCAGACUUUAAUACUGUUUAUUCUCUCUCUCAAAAAAAAAAAAAAAAAAAAAAAAACAAAAA